CCCGCGGCGGGGACACACCCAGACACACCCCCACCGCGGCCGCCUCCGCCGCCUGCACCGGGUCCCGGGGCGCCGCCCCCUUCCCCCUCCGGCGCCUCACCUGUGCGCCUGCUCCUGUUUGGCCGCGCAUCCUGCUCUCUUCUUCCCGGGUUCUGUGCCAUCUCCCUGCCCGCUUAGCCAGGUCCCCUUUUCCCAUGCUCCCUAACAUACACGGAAGCUGCUCCAGUACCUGACUGGCCAACCCCAAGCGUUCCCGAUUCUCCCUUUUACAGCUCUCGCCCCUCCAGGGCCGACGCUAGAGAAAGACUUUACUCCAGGGGCUUCCUCCUCAAAAGAGCAAACAAAAAGGCGCUGGUGUAGGCUCCAAAAAUAAACAUCUGAAUUCGUGAUGGCAUCGACAGAGGCUCUUAAUGGAUUAAAAGUUUCAAAACAAACAAUAACGCUUUGGAAAAAGCAGGGUUGAAUGUCUGCCUGUACUUUCAGGCAUGACCAUGGAGAAAAGUGGGAACAUACAAUUGGAGAUCCCUGACUUCAGCAACUCUGUUCUGAGCCACCUCAACCAGCUACGAAUGCAAGGCCGUCUCUGUGAUAUUGUGGUCAAUGUGCAAGGACAAGCUUUUCGGGCUCACAAAGUAGUACUGGCUGCCAGCUCUCCUUAUUUCCGAGAUCACAUGUCCUUGAAUGAAAUGAGUACUGUGUCCAUUUCUGUCAUCAAGAACCCUACUGUUUUUGAAGAGCUCCUUUCUUUCUGUUACACGGGGCGGAUAUGCCUGCAACUAGCAGAUAUUAUCAGCUAUCUAACAGCCGCUAGUUUUUUGCAGAUGCAGCAUAUUAUCGACAAAUGUACACAGAUCCUAGAGGGCAUUCAUUUCAAAAUUAAUGUGGCUGAAGUUGAAGCAGAAUUAAGUCAAACGAGGACAAAGCACCCAGAGAGACCUCCAGAGUCUCACAGGGUUACACCAACUCUAAACCGCUCCCUUAGCCCACGACAUAAUGCUGCAAAGGGAAACUGGAGGGGACAGGUCAGUGCUGUGCUGGAUAUCAGAGAGUUCAGUCCCCCUGAGGAGUCCACCAGUCCUCAGAUAAUUGAACAGAGUUCUGAUGUAGAGAGCCGGGAGUCCAUUCUUCGAAUCAACAGAGCAGGACAGUGGUACGUGGAGACAGGACUAGCAGACCAGGGGGCACGGAGCGGAGAUGAAGUUAGGGUCCUUGGAGCAGUGCACAUCAAAACUGAAAACCUGGAAGAGUGGCUUGGGCCAGAGAAUCAGCCUUCGGGAGAAGAUGGGAGUAGUGCAGAGGAAGUCACAGCCAUGGUGAUUGACACCACAGGCCACGGUUCUAUAGGACAGGAAAGUUAUACUCUAGGGUCUUUAGACACCAAGGUAGCUCGGCCAACCAGCAGUGAAGUUGACAGAUUUAGUCCUUCCGGCAGUGUUGUUUCCAUGACAGAAAGAUACAGAGCCAGAAGUGAGUCUCCUGGGAGAAUGGAUGAGCCUAAGCAACUUAGCUCCCAGGUAGAAGAGUCAGCAAUGAUGGGAGUAAGCGGCUAUGUGGAAUAUCUUCGAGAACAAGAAGUAUCUGAGCGGUGGUUCCGGUAUAAUCCCCGUCUCACUUGCAUCUACUGUGCCAAAUCUUUCAACCAAAAAGGAAGUCUGGACCGACACAUGCGCCUGCAUAUGGGAAUCACACCAUUUGUCUGCCGAAUGUGUGGGAAAAAGUAUACCCGGAAAGAUCAGCUGGAAUACCAUAUCCGCAAGCACACAGGCAACAAGCCCUUUCACUGUCAUGUUUGUGGCAAAAGUUUCCCCUUCCAGGCCAUCUUGAAUCAGCACUUUCGAAAAAACCACCCUGGCUGUAUUAUACCCCUAGAAGGGCCUCAUAGCAUUUCUCCUGAAACAACUGUCACAUCUCGGCAAGCUGAAGAAGGGUCACCUACGCAGGAAGAAACAGUUGUUCCUGGGGAAUCUGCCCAGGGCUCAGUGUCUACUACUGGGCCAGAUUGAAACAUUGAGGGGGAGGGGGCAGACCCUCUUCCCCUUUUGGGCUGUAACCAGCCCAUAUCAGGACCAUGGGCUGGUACUUCAAUUCACAAAAUGCCACAUUACUCAACUAGAAGAUGUUCCCAUGGUGUUGCCAAAUUAGAGGGUCAACAUGCAGCAAGCACUAAAGGCUCUUCUCUUUCCCACCUCACACUUUGGAAAAUAAUCAAGCAAAUCAGCUUCUAAUUCAGGGAUCAACAGCCUUGGUUUGUUAACUUUAUAAGAAAAAAUGUUUUUAACAAAACUGAUCAGUAAAUGGUCAUUUAUCUACCAGUCAUGAUUGAACAUUGUACUUAGGUCCAUAUCAUCUUGGUGGAUGAAAUCCUAGAUCUUUAAAAAAAAAAGUGCAACGGGAGCUUUGGCCAACUGAAGCAGCCUAUCAGAAGUGGGAAAUGUAGUCACAAUGGUGAGAAAGGGGAAUCUUUCCUUCCUGUUCCCUGCCAGAGCAUGCAUUUCCAUAUUUUAAGAAAAAGAAAUGAAUACUGGUGGUUCUUACUAUUCUAAAAGGUUAGACUGUCAUUGCCCUGGGGAGGCAUCUACUACUUUGUCUGGUUGUUUCAUGUGAUUGGCUGCCUUGAAGCAGUAGUCUAGUGAGCAGCAUCACCUGAAGCAUGUUAGACAGGUAAAGGGAGCAGCCGAGCAUUUACAGUGAGCACUUCUACAUGUGGGAGCUUGAGAAGGGGUAGAAGAGGGGAGGAAGUGUUUAUGCUUUGCAGCCUUCUGAUUGGUAUUUGUAAACCAUAACACUUGUGUACAUUCUUGGGUGUUAAAAAAAAUGUUUCUAGUUACAUGAGUUAUCCUGUUAGGCUGACUACCAAAAUGUCAUCCUUUACAGCUCCUAGUUUCAUAUAACAGCAAUAUUGUACAUCAAAAAUGUCACCUUCCAGUGAAAAGAUCCUGGAUUGUAUUUUUAAAUCCAUGAGUCUCCACAUUUGAUAACUUUUAUAUGAAGUUUUUAAACAAUUUUUUUCCUGCAAUAUUGUAGUUGAAGAAAGAUUCAACACCGUUGUUCUUAUUGCAACCACAAUUUCAUUUCCUUCUACGUGUUUUGUAUUUUAUAUUUUCAGUCCAAUGAAGAACCUCACUUAAAUCUAUGUCUUGGAUUUUCAAAUCUAUAUAUAAUUCAUAAACCAAUUUUUUUUAAAUAAUACACUACAGGGCACUUCACUUACAAGAAACUAUCUUGCACAACCGUGUUGCAAUAAAUGAUCAAGGGAUCAAUUUUUAUCAGGUAUGGUUAUAUAAUCAUUCCUAAGAUUUUUGAAACUUCAAGGGACUUUUUUAGUGAUUUUGAGUUUUUCCGAGAUUGUUAAUCCAGCUCUGAAUUUACCAAACACAUAGAGCUUUACAUGCCCUGUCUUGCAUGCAGAGAAAGGAGUAGGAAUGCUAAACAAUACAGGCAAAAAGAUGCCUGAAGUCUACAGUGCAAACAGAUGUCUCUAGCUUCUCUUGAGUGAUUUUUUUUUAAAGAAUGUUUAAAUGUGUAAUGGUUUAAGUAAUUGUUUUGGUACAGGAAUGUGGAUGAUUCUAAGAGAUUUCGGAGAGGGGCUAGUCCUGCCUGCCCCUAGUGAGCCAUUUAUGAGAAUGUGAAGUUUGUGCUCCUUAUGAGCACCUUGUGGUAUGGAAAGGUGGGGAAAAAUACACUUUUGAUGAUAAGAAACUGGAAUGCAAAGGGUAGCUUUAAGCAAUCUGAGAAUUGUAUAUAUUGUAUCACUAGAGAAAGUUUUUCUCUUUUGAAAAAGUAUAGAAAUUCAUCUUUUAAAGGAGUUUUAUGGUGCUCCAAUGGAAGAGCCUGCCCUAAAAAGCAGCACUGGAGAGUGUGUCUUAUCUUUGAUAAUCACAGGCAGGCUUCUUGCAACUUAGUUGGGCAACAGCAUGAUAGAGUGAAAACUAUAGUAGAGGUUACUAUGUUCUGUGGCAUAGAAACAAGUGACAUUCUUGGGAAACAUUCUGGCUUUCGGUAGACAGAUUCUGUCUUUACUGAACAGACAGGUAGCUGGCAAGUACAGAAGAUGCUGCUUUAGAUGGAUUUUUUUUUUAAUGCAACCGAAAGUAUUUUAAGUCUACCCUUCUUUUGAAAAGUUAAGUUGUAUGCUGAAAAGUUGUUUUUUGCAUUGUUAGCUUUCUAGGUCAAAUGUGAGAAAAUAGAGCUUUUAACUAUUACCAAAUUAUAAAGUUCAAGUGCAGUAAUUUCUGUAAAGAGAAACUUCGGAGCCCUUAUCAGCACUGCAUCCAAGGUCAGCCACCAAUAUCUUGAAUGGGGUAGAGACUGUUGUCAUGUGGAGAUGAUAGGCAUGGCGGGUUCUCUUCUGUUUUCACUCAUUUCUAACAGGUUUUUACUGAAUUGAUACUGUGAAUAGAGUGCUUCUGGUCCUAUGACCACAUCAGCACAAUGUCUUUGCUGGUCUCUCCUCUAAUUGGCCUAGCCAGAGCCAUGAAAUUCAUGAGACUUCUAGCCAGGCUACCUUUGAAGCAAAUUAAAGUUUUCAAAGAUAAUCAUCUGUUUUAGUAGAAGUAAUACCAUUCUAAACAUCCAGGAUUCAUAUCCAGAUUCACUGUGACAUUGUCCUAUUCUUUGCUAGCAUCACUGUAGGGUCAUAAGGGUUAGUAGUAUACUAUCUAUGUUAAUGAGUAUUGGUGUAUACAAGAAGUAUGCUCAUUAAGAGUGUACUAAAUGAACUUGAGCUGAUACUGAAACUUACUGCCAAAUCUUUACUUGCACACGUCACCUUGUGAGGGGAACUGCAUUAGCAGUAAGAGCUAAAUCAGUAGGUAACUUAAUGCCAUGAAAGUGCAGUAUCAGAAACUGUUAUCAUUGAGUGGCACUUAGCAGAGGAAGUAUCCAAUAUUGUCAUUGAAAACAGAGAGUUGGCCACAUGAGUAUCUAUUUUCAAUCUAACUAGACUUUUUACUCUCUCUGAAUUCUGAUACUGAUAUAAACUGUGGCAUUCACAUGGCAGUAACAUUGUAUUUACUCAGAAAGGCUCUUCCUAAUGAAUUCUUCUCUUUUUACUCAGAACCAUAAUUACCUCUAAACUAAGUUUUAUUUUAUGUAAAUUCCAAACAACUCCAUAGUUUGAGAGGGUUUGUUUUGUUUUUGAUAUUUGAGACAAGGUCUUUGCUAUGUAGCCCCUUGCUGUCCUCGUCCUCACUAUAUAGCUCAGCAGGGCCUUGAACUCAUAGGAAUCCUUCUGCCUCAACCUCAUAAGAACUGAGAUUACAGGCAUGUACCACCACACCUGGCCCCCAUUCCACUUUUUUUUACUAAGGAACUAAAUCUAAUCUGGACUACAUAAAACUGAAUUAGUUUGUAAAGACAAAGAAGAAAGCAAGCAGUUAAAAGUUUUUUUGUAUUUUUGCAUUUUUCUGUUUCUAGUUCCCUUGACAUCAGUGAAACAAAGAUGGUAUGAAAGUAAACAUAGAUUGUCCCUGCUUCUUCAUUGUGGAAAUCCAGCUUCAUUUGGAAUUGUCUGGUGAAAGAGUGAUGUUUGGAACUUCAUUUUUAAUAGCUGAGUAGUCCUUUGCCAAGAAAUAGUUUUUACACAGUCUCACUACUAGCUCACACUAGUUUUUCUUUUAACUGGUGUAAUUACUUUUUGUUUGAUAAGAAGGUCUAAUAUAAAGAAACAGAAGCAGUGGAAAAUGGAAAAUGAAAGAAAGACUUUUCCUUUUCUUUAUGGUUUUUCAAGACAGGGUUUCUCUGUGUAGUCCUAGCUGCCUUGGAACUGGCUCUGUAAACCAGACUGGCCUCAAAUUCAGAGAUCUGCCUGCCUCUGCUGGGACUAAAGGUGUUUGCGAUCACUGCCUGGCAAGGAAAGACUUCUUUUUUUUUUUUUUUU